AUGUAUUACUUAAUAAUUAUUCUGGCGGCGACACAUGUCAAUGGCUAUGGCGUCAAAAAUUACCCCCCAGACAACGAACUACAGUCUUCGCUGCUGCAAUACGCCAAGGAGCGACUCACUGUAGAUCAACGCUUGCAGCGCCUCAAGGUCGACCAUGGGCUUGACAUCAAGAGCUCGAAACUUGCCCAGCUUAACAAUAAAUUCAGCGUGCCUAGUGUUCGGAAGCCUCUCCCAAGAGAUAUGGCUACUCAGGCGGUCCUUGAAAAGGUUGCAGAGGACCUUACUCAAGGAAACGGGGUAGGAACUAUUGCAACUCUCCUCUGUAACGAAGGAAUAUCUUUGCCAAGAGACUUUAUACGGAAUGUAUUGGCAAAUCAUGCCCCAGAGGGUUUAGCACGUCGCUUUCCCGGGGCCAAUAGGAUUCACCGCUCUGCGCUAGUAUCAAUCGGCCCCAAUCAUCAGCACCAUGCAGAUGGACAUGACAAAUUGAAUGCGCAGGCGCUGAAUAUGGGCGGCGUCGGCUUUGGUAUCUAUGGUAUAAAGGACCAGUGGACAUCAUUUGUGCUAGCGCUCGUCGUUGUUCCUAAUAAUCGACUGGCAUGCACCACUGGCCAUGUCCACCUCGAUACGGUUGAAACAACGGGAAUCAUUCCCAUCACGUUUAUAAUGGACAAGGGCUCGGAGACCGCAUAUAUUUUUGCUAAUCAAACCGGCCUGAGGGCGGCUUAUGCCCCGGAUAUUGACGCAACUAGGUUUCCGGCCGCCCAACAUCUUCGCAGCGUUCAUAACACGCCAAUCGAGGGUCUUUGGCACUGGUUUCUCAAAACAUUCGGAUUUAAUGUCAGAGACUUUAUCCGUCAGGGAUACCUCGAUGGGAUUUACAAUCCGAAUAACCCCGUGCACCCCCAAUUAUUCUACUGGCUGUGGCCGAAGAUUCUCCAGCUCCAACUUGAUAUUUUUGUCGAAUAUUGGAACAACCAUAAAAUCCGAUACCAGAAAGACAAACCCAACAUGUCAGGUCAGACCCCUCGACACGCUUUCACAGUCCCGCCUGAAGCCCCGUACGAGAAUUGUGGUAUCAAGGUUGACCGGGCCGUGACCGAUGCUCUCCGUGGACAGAUACCCGUCUCACGGGAAGAUUCGAUGCGCUGGGUAGACGAAUCAUUUGAGAAAGCCGCAGAGGAUGCAUACAAUGUGAUAGGUCGGCCCCCACUUUCUAUGGCCGUUGGAUGGUCUGUUUUCUCCUCUAUGGCACAAUUGAUCGAUCAAGUGGGUAGUUAG